AACUUUCACAGCUGAUUUUGUUGAUGAAUUUUGUGUUGAAAAUACUUAAAUUGCGUUCCAAAAUGCCCUUUUAUGCUGUUGCCAGGGGCAAGAGGGUGGGUGUCUAUCACACCUGGGAUGAAUGCAAGAGCAAUGUGAACGGCUUCAGUGGAGCACGCUACAAGAAAUUCUCCACGAUGGAUGAAUGUCUGACGUUCAUUGAAGAGAACCGAUCUGGGCCUGUUCUGGCAUCCACAUCCGGUGCAACAGCUAAUGUGGUUCGAAGGAAAAACAACAGCUGGAAGGGAAAAUCACUGGCGGAACUCACUCCUGGGAUGCAGCUCAAGCGUGGAAUUAAGAGAUCCCAUCCGGAUGACGAUGAUGAGAAGGAGAAAAAGAAGAAAGAUGAUUUUCUGGACGUGUGGACUGAUGGAGCUUGUCCCAAUAAUGGUGCAGGAGCCACAACAGCUGGAAUGGGAGUCUUCUUCGGUGAUAAUCAUCCGUGGAACAUUUCAGAACGCGUCGUGGGAACAGCAACCAACAAUCGGGGUGAAAUUCAAGCUUCCCGGCGCGCAAUUGAGAUUGCAAAGCAACAUGGAGUGAAGAAAUUGCGAAUCAACACAGAUUCCAACUUCCUGAUCAACAGUGUGACAUCCUGGAUGCCCAGAUGGAAGAAGAAUGGAUGGAAGACAACCGGCAAGGGGGAUGUGAAGAACAAGGAUGAAUUUCUGCUGAUUGACAAGGAACUGGAUGGAUCCAUUGAGGUGGAAUGGCGUCACGUUCCUGGACACAAGGGUAUCUAUGGGAAUGAAAAGGCUGAUGAAUUGGCAAGACUAGGAGCACUGGAGGAGAAGAAGAACAAAUAA